GUUGAUUACACAGGGCAAAAAACUUUUUGUCUUGAUUGAUUCAAUCAAAGAGGGCGAAAAUUUUGCCCUAUUUGAUUUUGAUCAAAGAGGGUGAAAAAUUUGUAUGCCCUUUGAAGCUAAUAGGACGAGGCUAAUAGGGCGACUUGGGGGUAAUUUUUGAAUCGCCCUCUUUGCCUAAUAGGGCAAAAUUUGAACCUAAAAUGACGAUUUAAAUUGCCCUCUUUGAUAUAAUAUCUUGUAGUGGAAUAGUGACAAACUGACAAAGCCAAAUGAUAAAAAAGAAUAAUUCGUUUGUGAAUAGUGACAAACUGACAAAGCCAAAACGAACCAAUUAAAAACAAAAGUAAAAAGUAUAAUUAAAUUAAAAUGUAACACCCUCAAAAAAAAUAAAAAAAAUAAAAUUAAAAUGUAACAAAAAAAUUAUAAUACGUGGUAGUUUAAAUCUGCUAAUCUCGCAUCUCAUUUCUCUUCUUCCUCUGACAAAAUUGCAAUCACCACUACAAAAUUAAUCAAAUAGAUCAUAUAUACUCCAACUAUAGUCUAUAGUAAAGCAAUAAUGGAAAAUUAUGUUGUUUGCAUACCAUUUCCAGCACAAGGUCACAUAAGGCCUAUGCUAAAACUUGCUCAACUCCUCCAUUUUAAAUUCGAUUUUAACGUAACUUUUAUAAACACGCACCACAUCCACCAAACUUUAUUCAAAAAUCAUCAUUCAUCGUCCGGUAAUAACACUCAUCCCUUCUUUAGAUUUGAGUCCUUACCGGAAGAUGACAACCUAAUAGACCUUUUUUCUGUCGUCAACUGUAUUGUUAUUAACAAGCUAGAGCUCCCGCUUAAGGACCUUCUAGUGACAAAACUUGGCAAUGACAAUAAUGGUUCGCGACUGCGUGUUAGUUGUAUGAUUAGUGAUGUUGCUAUGUCUUCUUUUACGCUUAAAGUGGCUGAAGAAUUGGGGAUUCCUGCUGUUCUCCUUGAGACUGCUAGUGCAUGUAGCCUUCUGGCUAAUUUCCAUUGUCGUCAGCUUCUUGACAAGGGCAUCAUACCCCUCCAAGAGAAAAGUUGCUUGACAAAUGGCUAUCUUGACAAAUCAAUCGAUUGGAUACCAAGUUUGAAGGGCAUAUCCUUAAAAGACAUGCCAACUUUUAUUAGAACAACAGAUCCAAAUGAUAUGAUGCUAAAUAUUGUUAUGUUAAAUGCACAAAUAGCUCUCGAUUGUCGAGCAAUCCUCAUAAACACAUUUGAUGCCUUGGAACAAGAUGUCCUAGAGGAGCUCUCCACCAUAUCUCCUACCAUUUAUCCAAUUGGACCCCUUAAUUUGAUGGUAGAUUACCAUGUGUCAAAGAAUGACACGAUUAAUAUUAAAUCAACUGUUAUAUGUGAUCAAGAAGAUUCAAUUAAUGUUGAUUAUAUGAAAUGGCUUGAUUCUCAAAAGCCUGAAUCGGUUCUAUAUGUAAGUUUUGGUUCCCUUUUGGAAGUCGACCAAGAAACAUUUAUCGAAGUUGCAUGGGGGCUUGCAAAUAGCCUUGCAAAUUUCUUGUGGAUUGUAAGAUCAAGUCAAAUAAUUGAAGAUCAUACUACUCUGGAUUUCAAUCAAUUCAAGGAAGAGAUAAAGGGUAGGGGCAUGCUAAUUGAUUGGUGUGACCAAGAACAAGUAUUGGCGCAUCGUUCUAUAGGAGGGUUCUUGACGCAUUGUGGCUGGAAUUCAACAAUCGAGAACAUAAGUUAUGGAGUUCCAAUGAUUUGUUUGCCGUUGGGUGCUGACCAAUCGAUUAAUUCUUGGCAUUGUUGUAAUAGUCUUGGCAUUGGUAUGAAGAUAAGCGAAGAAGUUAAAAGAGAUGGUGUCCAAAGGGUGGUGAAAGAGUUGAUGGAGACUAAAUAUGGUAAAGAGAUGGGGAUGAGGGCUACAAAGUGGAGAAACAUUGCAACAAAAGUAACCACAUGUCUACAUGGGUCCUCAAAAUAUGAUACUUUAAACAAGGUCGUUAAUGAUGUGUUGAAAAAUACAAACUGUAGUGGAUGAUCAACUAGCUAAUUAGUUGGUUAAAAUGUUAAUUAAGUGGUGGUAUUCAUCCAGACAUGAGAUGAAAUCUCAUUUACAUCAUAUCAUUUGUGCUUGUGGUUUUCUUUGCAAACAAAAAAAAAAAAAGAAAUAUUGUACAACAAUUAAUUUGUAUUAAUGAUGUAAUUGUUAAUUACGAGAAAAUUGUUUAAGUGAAUUUUUUUUCUAAAAAUCAAAUAUUGAUCUCGCUAACGGAUUGUAAGUUCUCCCUAUAACAUUUUCAUGGUUUUGUAAAUUUGUACAAAAAAAAU